UUUCAGCCCGAGCCGGCGAGCGCUUGGCUCCCUUUCUCUCACACGGCGACGGUCGCCCGUAUCGUCGGCGCCCCGUGAACAUCCGUAGAUUCGAACUCCCCGAAGACCUCUCGGCGGCUGUGUGUGGUCCCGGCCUUUUUUUCUCGAACCGGUGGGUUCCGUGCGACUCGAUAACACGGACGACGCGAGUCAUCUACGACGGGGUCGAGCGGGAGACGACGACGUCUUUCGGUUCUUCUCGCAGAAGGUCCACCCGACGAGCCGAUUCCGUUCGCGUCUUCGUUUUCGGGGGUAACCGUGGGUAGUUGAGGUGGACAAGUGCCAGCCGAGGACGACCGACGCGUUCUCGUGAUUCCGUGACCGGGGGAACUGUCGUCUACUGGGACUGUUGCACCGAAAGCGCGUGGAGACUUCGACGGCCGAUACGGAGGAUGUCACGCUCCGUGGACCACCCUGGCUGCCGCGGUCGUCGCCGUGUCGCGUCGGUGGCGGCGACCCUGCCGGCGAUCUUGCGGUGAGCAUCGCGUGUGCGUGUUCCCUCCCUGUGUGCUCUGUACGACGUGGUGGUGACUCUCGGCCUGUGUCAUCGGCGAGUCAAUGAGGCUCUCAGAGACGCGGAACGACGAGUCGCAGCAGUCUCCGACGCGGUGUCCAGCGAGAUUGUGACCGGUUUCUCCGAGUGAUGAUCGCGGAAGAGAGAGAUCGGCCGUCAUCGUUGAAUCGAUCGGCGGACGUGUGAUUUACCUGAGGGGGAGUAUCGUGACGUGCGAGGGACGAGAACGCACGUCCUACGUGGUCCUACGAGUGACAGUACGUGGUGUGCUCGGUGCGUUCGUUCUCUCGUUUCCGCGUUUCCACGCGACGCCUAUGGAAAGUUGUACCAAUCAGGGAUUAAUGCACGCCGGAAAUUGCAGUAUGGAGGACAUGAGCGUCACGGUCGCUGGCACGACCACGACGAGUACGAACACUGUUUAUCCCAGCGUGAAUGACAUGGACUGGUUCGCCGGUGUCGCCGAGGAGGAAUUACUGUAUUACACGGGGAUGAGCAACGACAUCGAUUCUUUAUGGGCUGUCGUGGGCAGUUUUGUACCGCCGCCACCUAGACCACCUUAUCUACCCGAGGAGAGCAUCGCCACCGAUGGUCUCACUACCUGCGACUUGUGUUCCUGGGCAUGGAGAAACGACAGGCAUUCUUUCUCCCUGGAUGGCACCCUAGAAGCUCCUGGAGAACUUGGAUGGGUGCUGACUCUAGUGAUAGUGUCUUUAAUAUCAGCCGGUAUUGGAGCGGUGGUGAUGAUGACUCUCCUGCAUUGUAGAAGGAUAAAAAGCGGCGGUGGCAGAGCGAGCUGCUGCGGCGUCGGCGUGGAGGACACCAACGUACCCGAUGCCAGCGGGCCCGCGGGGGCGGGUGGCACCGGCAGCGGGGUGGCCGUCAUACCCGACCGGCCGCCUCUCGAAUUAGACAAAUUACCACCCUAUCACGACGUAGCGCCCAGCCCCGGGCACAACGUGUGGUCGUGGUUGGGUUCUCGACGAGGCGGCGGCACCCCGGGAGUCGUCACGACGCCGCUCUCCCUUCCCCAGCACCGACGGGCGAUGAAUCUCCCGGUGGAGAAUCACUACACCCACAUGCAAACCGAUGAGGCUCUGUACGCGGAACUGGACUCGCAGGCCGCGAGCUACGCAAGCGAUCUACAGUUACAAAUGAGAGGAAGCUCAACGUACGGUACGACUUCCGGCGGCCAGGACGACGAAUAUCACGAGCUGGACGCGGCCAGAUUACAUCGUCAUUACGGCGGCAGCGACAGAUCGUUACAGACGGAUACGCUUCACACUCGACACAGCAAGAGGAUACAAGAGCCGGAUUACGAGAUGUACGAGAAUGGGCCGUCGACGCCAGUACCGCCGGGUCAGCAUCAGCAUCAUCAUCACCAUCACCAUCACCACAACCAUCACCAUCACCAUCAGGAGCUGAGGAUCGGUAGCAGGAACAGCGAGCACCCGUCGUACCAGAACACGGCGUACACCGGAAGCGACGCCGAGCCGGAUGGACCAACGCUCAGCAGCGCGCCUAGCAGUGCCUACUACAGCGAUCUCAGCUCGAAUUCGGCGAAUCAUCAGAUGCCGACUACGGUAGUGUCAUCCACGACAACGGCAGUGGUGACAGCGACGACGACGAUGACAACAACGACGGCGGCAGUGGCGACGACGACGAGCCUGCACUUGAACCCACAGAACCUGGACGUGCCGCAGUACAGAUUGGCCGCGAUCAAUGAGAACACAGUGCCUUCGGAUUACAUUUAACGGUUGCUCCUCUUGGUACAGGUGACGAGCGAAUUUCGAGAUAGACGAUUAUUACACUGGUCUGCAUUUCUUUCGUGUGAAUGAAAAUUUUUUGCAUGAUAUUUAUAUCUUGACGCUGUCUCUACACAAAGAAGAACGACAGGAAGUCGUGUCGUCUCGUAUUAAAAAAUGAAUCGAGCGGAUUUUGAAGGAUAUUCUAAACCUUGUCACUUCCCGUGCAGAAAAUUGUUAGGGCCUAAUAUGAAAGUAAAGGCCCCUAUAAGGAAUAAAUAGGGAUGUCCU